UCACUUGCUAAUCUGCCAUCGCAGGCUGACCUCGAUAAGAUCGUCGCUUCUUACCUCCAAAAGAAAGGAUACAAAGCAACAGAAGCUAUUUUUUUGCGCGAAUCGGGCGGAAACACCCAAAGUCUUGAGGAAAUCCAUGUACUGAAGUAUAAGGAUGCUGAACAGGGCGAUCCAGAUGCUUACAAUGUGAGCUACAAGAGCUUACGAGAAUGGAUUGAAAAUUCCCUGGAUUGGUACAAGCCUGAAUUACGAUCCGUUCUCUUCCCUAUUUUUGUUCAUGCUCAUCUUGAUCUGGUCAGUAAGAAUCUUCCUGAGCAAGCCAAAUAUUUUAUGGAAACCUAUAAAGACGAUCAUGUAGAGCUACACACUCCCGAUUUGAAUAGACUUGCGACCAUUACAGAUCCACAACAUGUUCGAGAGAAUGAAUUAGCACAGAUGUACAGAAACAACAAGUAUAAUCUGCGUAUGUCUAGUGUUCCAUUCGAGCUAUUCUUGAAUUAUCUUCAGGACAACAAGUUUAUGCUGUUGCUUCGCAUUGUGAACCAAUAUUUGAAUAUUCAAGUGGUUCAUGGCAAACUCUUGAAAUCCGCGGGCGGAUUGGAAAUGGACGAUGUUAUUGGCAUUACUGGGCACGACUCGCAACAGAUUGAGGCAUUCAAUCACCAAAGCAUUCAACUUGGACAACCGCAGAUGGACCCAUCAUUUAAGGAAGAAAUCGAACAAGCGUUAAAAGAGAGGGACAGUGCGAGAAAGGACGAAAAUGGAGAGAAUAUUACCAAUGGAGAUCCUGUACCUUCGUUGUUAGAAACAUUCAAACGGGUAAAACAAGAAUCUAUGACAGACGGACCUGCUUUUGGAGACAUUCCUGUUCCACCAUAUCGAGGAACUGAUAUUCAGGCAGAGAUCGACUCAUUAAAGGAUCUCGGCAAGCGUAUCACUCUUGGGAGUACAUCACUACCUAGCAUAUGCUGCUAUACAUUCCACAAUACACACGACAGUCUGAACUGUGUUACAGCAACAAAGGAUGCCAGUCUCCUUGCCGGUGGAUUCUCAGAAUCGUACAUCAAGAUCUGGAGUCUCAAAGGCGAGAAGCUCCGAAGUCUUCGAAACACAUUAAACCCGGCCCAUGUCAAUGACUAUUACAAACGCUUGGUGGGUCACUCAGGUCCAGUGUAUGGCCUGAGUUUUAGUCAUGACAACAAGUACCUGAUUUCUUGUUCUGAGGAUAAGACUGCUCGUCUGUGGAGUACCCAGACAUUUACAAAUCUGGUUUGCUACAAGGGACACAACUACCCUAUUUGGGAUGUUGAUUUUGGACCCUUUGGUUUCUAUUUUGCUACUGCUUCUCACGAUAGGACGGCAAGGUUAUGGAGCUGUGACCAGAUACACCCUCUUAGAAUUUUUGCUGGGCAUCUUUCAGACGUAGACACCGUCAAAUUCCAUCCGAACUCUAAAUAUUUAGUGACAGGCUCGAGUGAUCGUACUGCUCGUUUGUGGGAUGUUCAGAGAGGAACGUGUGUCCGUGUAUUUACUGGACACACUGGAGCAAUCAAAACUGUGGCUGUUUCUCCCAACGGUCGUCUUAUGGCAUCUGCUGGUGAAGAUAAAUCUAUCAUGCUAUGGGAUUUAGGAUCCGGAAGACAACUCAAGAAGAUGACUGGACACACCGGAUUUAUAUAUUCACUUGAUUUCAGUGCUGAUAGUAAUGUACUUGUGUCUGGUGGAUCUGACGGAACUGUCCGCGUGUGGGAUGUCAACAAGGAUACACACACAAUUUCAUCAUCCCUGGUAGCAGGAGCCGAGAGGACAGAUAGUAAGCGGAUACGAGUAGAUGAAUCCGCUAGAAACGAUGAAAGAAAUGGCAAUGAUCAUCUUGGCGUGUUUCCCACAAAGAACACUCCCAUCUAUGAUGUCCAGUUUACCAACCGUAAUCUUUGCCUA